UUCAACUCACUUUCUCCAUUUCUUCAUAUUUCUCAAAUUUCUUGCACUGUUCUGAUGGCCGAUCCUCCACCAAAUCCUUCUUCGGUUCCUCCAAAUGGUAAUCUAACUGGAACACCGUCAGCAGCGUGUGCAGCCAAUGCAGCUGGAAAUGCAGCUGCAGUUGCUCCAAUGGCUCCUGAAAAAGAUCGACUGCCAAAAGAAGGAGAUGAAAUUGUCACCGAACCAGGCAAAAAGUACAAAUUAGGUCCGGUUCUUGGUGAUGGUGGCUAUGGAACCGUAUUCCUAUCUCAAGAUGAUGAUAUCAAGAUUGCUGUCAAAACUGAAAAGUUCAGUAAAUCCCAGCUGAAAAUCGAAAUUGUUGUGUUGAAAGCUGCAAUGCAAGCAAAUUGCAAACAUUUUUGUGAACUUGUUGAUUGUGGUACAAAAGGAAAAGACUUUGAUUACAUGAUGAUCACUCUGCUAGGAAAGGAUCUACACAAGUUGAGAUGCGAGCUCCCGGGUCGGAAGUUUUCAAUCAAUACAGCUCUUCGUAUUGGAAUUCAGACACUGAAAGCUUGCGAGGAGCUACAUCGUAUUGGAUUUGUUUCCCGUGAUGUGAAGCCAGGGAAUUUCGCUCCUGGGGUCAAGUCGAAUCGCCAAAGUCGUACAAUUUUUAUGUAUGAUUUUGGUCUGGCAAGAAAAUACAUUGACAAGAAUAAUCAAGUGAUUCCAACAAGAAAAGAAGUUGGAUGGAGAGGAACAACUAGAUAUGGUAGCCUCAAUGCUCACAAACGAUUGGAUUUAGGACGACGCGAUGAUCUGGAAAGCUGGUUUUAUGGGUUGGUAGAAAUGACAAGAGGAACUCUGCCAUGGAGAAAUGUUGUUGAUCGAAGUUCGGUUCAAAGAGCAAAAGAAGCAUCACAUAAUACAGGCCGUACACAAUUUCUCUUCGAAACUCCCAGUCAAUACGACAAAAUAUUCACGAUCGUCGACAGUUAUGCGUUUGAAUCUGCACCUGAUUACAAGCAAAUAAACAAAUUACUUGUUGAGGCUAGAGAAGAACGCCAACUUCGUGAUCGUGAGCACUGGGAUUGGGAAGAUGAAACAGUCUCGACCACUAUCACCACAAUCACUUCAUUCUCUGAUAAAGAACUUCGCGCCAAGGCUGACCAACAGUCAAAAUAGACAAGAAGAGCAGAAUCCACAGUCAUCUGGAAGAGGGCUUUAUUUCUUUUGUCGAUUCUACUAUAGUUUUGAUUUUUCUCAGUUCUUGGUCUUCUAUUUCUCUUCCAUUCCUUUGCACAUCAAUCAGCCAUCAUGAACUUAUUGGGAUAAAUGUCUUAAUAAAGAUUUAUGUUUUGC